UGCAGUCAAAGUCAAAUGCAGUGCCCAAAUCACCAAGACAAACGAAAACGAAACUGUCAAAAUAAACUGAAUGCUCGGCGAACCGCUUUCAGGUCUCUCUUGCUAAACGAAAACAAAGCAUGGAUAUUCCCUGGCUUCUCAUAAUCCACGGCCUCAUCACGGCCUUGGUUGUAGUCUCUUUCCUCUGUGGCCAAUGGCCUAUCUUUCAAGGCACUCCCAUCGAACGCAUCCACCGGUUUAUCACUUUUGGCGCCUACGAUUACUUUCUCCGGUUCGUUGGGUUCGUGUGUGGGGAGAAGGGGACUCAUGUGAUUCUUUCUGUUGAGUAUUUUUGUUGCGAUCGGCCUAACCCCAUCUUACAGAUAAUUUAUUUGGCAAUAAUUGGUGGGACUUACUAUUUAAUUGCAAAGUCAUGCUUUAGCUAUAUUCCUGGACAUUAUUUAAGUGGAAUUCACAGGUACGCAAGCUUGUUGGGAGUUGGUGUCGGGAUUCUGCUUUUCCUGUUGACUUGCUUUACUGAUGCUGGAACUGUGAAUGCAGAGAAUGUUUCACAGUAUAUCUCUGCUUAUCCCUAUGACAAUAUUAUAUUCACAGAAAAGGAAUGUUUUACUUGUAAAAUUCCAAAGCCUGCUAGGUCCAAACACUGCGGCAUAUGUGGUCGGUGUGUUGCCCGAUUUGACCACCACUGUGGAUGGAUGAAUAAUUGCAUAGGGGAGAGAAAUACCCGAUACUUCUUGGCUUUUCUUUUAUGGCAUUUUCUUCUUUGUUUAUAUGGAGCCAUUGCAAUUGGCUUGGUUCUUGCUGGACGAUUGAAAGAAUUAAAAGUUGUAUAUAUUCUAACUGUGUAUUAUGGCAUAGAAAAUUCUUUUUCCAGCUUAGCACCACAUGUUGUACAGUGGCUGUUGGGCUCAUAUAACAUUCAGAUACUGCUUACGGUGUUUCUUGCCAUUGUUUCUCUCCUACUGGCGGGUUUCUUUGGGUAUCAUGCCAACCUUUGUCGCACAAAUACAACAACAAAUGAGACCUUCAAGUGGCAAGAUUACAUAAACUGGCAGAGAAAGCUAAAUGAAGCAAGAGCAAGUGCUGCUGCACUUAAAUCAAGUAUAAGUGGGAUGAGCAGCGAAAGGAAGCCUCCAAAGAGCAAGUGGAAAGCUUUUUUUCGACGUUCCCCCCUAGAAGAUGUUGAGGUUGUUGUUAAGAAAAACGUGUAUGAUAAAGGAACAUUUCACAACAUUUGGGAGGUCAUAUAUCCCCUAUCGACAAGACGGUCAUUUUCAUGGAGAAAAUCGAAGUCUACCUGAGAUUGUUGUGAAAGACCAUACACACUUGGCUAUGAAUGCAAGUUUUCAUGCAUUGUUUGUUCCACUAGUAGUUUCAUGGCUUACCAACAUGUUAUUGUAAUGUGAUUUAUAAAUGCUUUCUUAUAGCUUCAAGGGGAGGAUCGUGUGGAACAAUACAGCCUUAUUUUGCCUUGCUAAUUGUUAUUAGUGAAAGCUUGAACAUAUUCUGUUGUACCGAGAGAUGAAAGCAUGAAUUAUGAUGGUAGAUUCCGAAUAUGGCAUACA